AGUUCAUACUGUAAAUCACUGUAGUCAUACAGUAGGAGUAUAAAGUUAUCAAAUGAAUGGAAAGCAGCUCAAAUCAUUGAUCUUUGGAGACUUUGAUGAGAAAUGUUUGAGCUCAUAUUGAGAUCUCUGACUUCUGAUGCAGACUUUGGCAUCUUGAGCACAGUUUGAGAUUGUUUUUCUCAUCCGAGAAGCAGGAUUUUCUAUUUGCCAUGCAUUUUAUCAUUUAAACUGCUAUUUAGGAGAAACCUCCGCGACAUUAAACAGAUCUAUCAAUCUGUGUCUCCUCACAAAAACACCUGACUCGGAGCAUGCUGGUCCAAUCACAGAGAGGCUGUGGGCAGCUGUCUGCUCCAUCUGUCUGCUGUCGGUUCGAGUGCUGAGCGCCGGUGCUCUUUAACUCUGUGAGUCUGGCUGUGUGUUCACUGUCUGUCUCUCUCUCUCUCUCCCUCCGUCUGUCUCUCUCAUGGCCUCCGAGCACUCAUCCGCUGAGAGUCGCUCCUCGCACCUGAGCUCUGACCCGACCAUCGGCACCGACGCUUCGGCCAACAGCAUGUGGGAGGAGAGCUUCGACACAGAGAAUCAUGGUGUGAGCACUAAGAGAGAUUACUCUCCCGUGUCCUGGAGCGAAUACUUUGAAAUGAUGGACGACGUGGUCAUCAGGUCAGGAGAGACUAAGGAUAUGUUUCGUGUGUAUAAAAGCGGUCAGGACGGACCACUGCUGGUUCUGCUUCACGGAGGAGGGCAUUCGGCUCUGUCCUGGGCCGUUUUUACGGCAGCGAUGGCCAGUCGGGUCACUUGUCGGGUGUUGGCCAUGGAUCUCAGGGGUCACGGUGCUACUCAGGUCCGGCACGUCGAUGACCUCUCCACACAAACCAUGUCCAGAGACGUAGCCAAUGUGGUGCGAGCGACGUACGGCGAGACCCCGCCCCCCAUCAUCCUGGUGGGUCACAAUGUGGGCGGAGCCAUCGCGGUGCAUGCGUCCAGUGGAGCGCUGCUUCCCUCUGUGGUGGGGCUGGUGGCCAUCGACGUGGUGGAGGGUGAGAAACACUUAUUAAUUGCUAUCAAAAAAACAAACAAAAACAAAUCGUCCAACAUAUGUUUGUUUUCUGGUUGCAGUGUAAAAAGUGGGCAGAUCAGAAACCUUGAAUCUGCUAAAGUGUCAAUGGUUGGACAAGUGAGACGGUGUGAGGUGGAGGAAGGCGAUUCGGCCGAGCCGGUGAGUCCGGUGACUGAGAGCGUGGCCGACGGGCACGAGGAGUUUUACGACCUCAACUACGUGACGGAGAAAGCAGAGAGCAGCGCAUCAGCAGAGCCGUGCAGUGUGUACAGCUGGAGAAUCGACCUGUCUAAAGCAGAGAAAUACUGGGACGGCUGGUUCAGAGGGAUAUCGAACCUCUUUCUGUCCUGCAACGUCCCAAAACUCCUACUGCUGGCAGGCAUUGAUCGACUGGACAGAGACCUGACCAUUGGACAGAUGCAGGGUAAAUUCAUGAUGCAGGUGCUGCCCCCUUGUGGACAUGCAGUGCAUGAGGACAUCCCAGAUAAAGUGGCAGAUGCUUUGGCAAGUUUUAUGAUCAGACACAAAUUUGCCGAAGCUCGCAGUGAAACUAAAAGUUCCUCGUACCCGUUCAUGCGGUGAAAUGAGAAUAAAGCAGAGGACACUGAGAAGCAGGCCUGAAACCUCCACCAGAUCCAACAUCCUUCACAUCCAGCAAAAACAUCUUACUUUAGCCAUAAAUCCAGGAAUUGUUUCAACUGUCACUAUCCUUGAGUUUAGAAUAAAGAUUUGAAUGUUCAUUAUUCAACUGUGUCGGAAUUUCAGGAAACAUUUAAAUAUUUAAAUGAGAUGGAAUCAUGUGACAUCAUCAAAGUCAAGAGACAUAAAACACUGUGUAAAUGAGAAGCACGAUGUUUAGCCCCAAAAAUUUACAUUAAAAUUUAUUAAUAUUCAAAACAGUCUGACUGAAACACGUGCAAAAUACUGAGCAUGAAAUGGAACAAACCUCUACUGUCUGUCUGUGUGUGUGUGUGUGUGUGUGUGUGUGUGUGUGUGUGUGUGUGUGUGUGUGUGUGUGUGAGGGAAUAAAUGCAAAAUUCCUGUCAAUGUUCAGUGUUAGCCAUACAGUGACUGUGUUCCAAACCUUAGCAAGCUGUCAACCUAAUGAGCAUUUUAAAGCAUCUGAAAAGUGGUUAAAAUAAAUAAAUAAUGUAUGUUAAAAUGUUUACAAUUUUUAUUUUAUGAAAUGCAA